GUAAUAGCUCUAACCGUUGCUCGAAAUCGCCAUUGUUGGUUUCAACCGAGUGAUGAGUAGCGGAGACAGGGUCUUCCGGUGUAAAGCAGGCUCUCUUUAUGAAAUACAUGAUCGAGGUGUGGAACUGCCAACUACCGGAGCACGUUACCACAAUCCAUUGUUUUCCGAAAUGAUUGCCUGUAAAAACUGAAACGACACGGUGCGUCGGACACACCUGGAAUUUUACCAAAGCAGUCUCAACACGCUCGAUUAAGACAACAGUCUCUGGAGUACAUUAUUCCUUUUGAGGGAUAUUAUUUUGCUGUUAUUAUAAGAAAAAGCCAUUCCAGUGGGUUUUAUUUCAUGGGGAUGUGUUCAAGGCAAGAGAGAAUACAAAAAGACGUCGACCUCGUAAUUCAAAGGUGCAAGGCAGAGAAAGACUGCCUUUUCUCUGAUUUUAGAUACACAGACGCCACGUUCACAUUCACUUAUUCCAAAGGAUCCAAAAGAGGCUCGUACUCGGUUCACGUGUCUGAUGAUUACCCAGACAACACAUAUGUGUCAAACUCUGAGAAUGAUGAUGAAGUCUUGGUCACCAGAGAUCCAAUCCCUGUCAUUUUUCAUAGAAUUGCAACAGAGAUUAGGAUCAAUAAUGAUGCCAGCAGCUGCCUAUCAAUCAAACCUAAACUUCAGAUCGACAAAAACCAGUGCCAAUAUGCCGUAGAGGAGGAUUCUGAGGGGGACAACGAUUCGGAGGAGUUCUACUAUGGGGGUCAGGUGAACUACGAUGGCGAGCUCCACAAACACCCCCAGCUGGAGGCGGACCUGGCAGCGGUGCGCGAGAUGUACGGGCACCACGCGGUGUCUCUCAGGGAAUACGGUGCAAUUGAUGAUGUGGAUAUUGAUCUGCACAUCGAUGUCAGUUUCCUUGAUGAGGAGAUCGCUCUGGCGUGGGAUGUGAUCCGGAGAGAGCCGGUCAUCGUACGGCUCCACUGCUCACUAACACAGUACCUGAAUGGACCAGUGCCCACAGUGGAUGUUUUCCAAGUGUCCACUAAAGAUCGCUUCGGUCUUGGACACCAGCUGAAAAAGAUCAUGCAGACGUUUGUCACCCAGCAGUGGAAGCAUCAGGGCAAGGAGAAGCUCAACUGCCCCCACAGUAAAAAGCAGAAUGACAAGAAGGUCAAAUCUCCCCUCCACAUCUUCUCAACGCUCCGCAGAUCCCCCAGCUACCCCCCCCCAGGCUGCGUCAAGAGCAAGAAGAAGUUGAAGCCGGAGCAGGACUCCAAGUCCCACCGGCUGCUCCGGAGGACCUGCUCCAGCACCGUGCGGCAGGCGGAGGCGGACGGCUGCCCCAAGCCCGCGCACAAGUUCCUGGGUCCCUCCCUGUCGGCUGACCCCCGCACGGAGCCCUCCGGCCCGGCCAAGCCCCACCGCCUCCUGGGCCGGCCCUGCUCCACCACGCCGGCCAAGCCUGAGGACUGCCCCUCCGCCCUGCGCCCCCCCCACAAGCUGCUGCCCCGCCCCUGCCCCGGGGACACCCACUGCGACCACGGGGUGGGCGGGCUCAGCGGGGGGGUGAGCGGUCUGGGUGGGGGCGGGGGAGGAGGGAGAGGGCUGAGGCCUCAGCGCCUGCUCACCAGGUCAUGCUCCGGGGCCAUCAGGACGGAGGAGAUGGACGGGCUGAGGCACCACCACCGCCUGCUCAGCCGGUCCUACUCCAGCAGCACCAAGAUGGGCCGGCAGGACGGCCUGAAGGAACCGGCCCCAGAGAGCCGCCGUCUGUCUCUUACCUCAGGGCUCAUCGGCAUCCUGGCCCCCUCGCUCGCCUCGCCGCCACAGCCAAACCACGGAGCCAAGUCCAUCCCAGUCCGAGACAGGGGCUUCCUUGUCCAGACCAUGGAGUACGCAGAGCAGAGGAUUCCAGUCCUGAACGAGUUCUGUGUGGUGUGUGACGAGCCCCACGUGUUCCAGAACGGACCCAUGCUUCGACCCACAGUGUGUGAGAGGGAGCUGUGUGUGUUUGCCUUUCAAACGUUGGGCGUGAUGAAUGAAGCUGCUGAUGAGAUCGCCACAGGAGCUCAGGUGGUGGAUUUGCUGGUGUCCAUGUGUCGCUCAGCUCUGGAGUCUCCCAGGAAAGUUGUCAUUUUUGAGCCAUAUCCUUCUGUGGUGGACCCAGAGGAUUCCCAGGCCCUGGCCUUCAACCCAAGGAAAAAGGAUUACGAUCGGGUGAUGAGAGCGCUGGACAGCCUUACAUCUAUCAGAGAGAUGACCCAGGCGCCUUACUUGGAGAUCAAGAAGCAGAUGGACAAGCAUGAUCCUCUAGCUCACCCGCUGCUGCAGUGGGUGAUUUCCAGUAAUCGGUCACACAUCGUCAAGCUCCCAGUAACUCGGCAACUGAAGUUCAUGCACACGCUGCACCAGUUCCUGCUGCUCAGCAGCCCUCCUGCCAAAGAAUCCAACUUCAGAGCUGCCAAAAACCUGUUUGGGAGCACGUUCGCUUUCCACGGUUCUCACAUCGAGAAUUGGCACUCCAUUUUGCGGAAUGGCUUGGUUGUGGCAUCUAACACAAGACUUCAGCUCCAUGGCGCCAUCUAUGGGAGUGGGAUCUAUCUCAGCCCAAUGUCAAGCAUAUCCUUCGGCUACUCAGGGAUGAACAAAAAGCAACAGAAAGUGACAUCUAAAGACGAGACUGUGACAAACAGCAAGACCAACUUACACCUGCAGUCACAGAAGAAAGGACAACAGACGCAGUUUUUGCAAAGCCGGAUUCUUAAGUGUAUAGCCUUAUGUGAAGUCAUCACAUCUCCUGAUCUGCACAAGCAUGGAGAUAUCUGGGUUGUACCCAACACAGAUCAUGUCUGUACAAGGUUUUUCUUUGUCUACGAAGAUGGGCAGGUGGGCGACACGAGUAUCAACACACAAGACCCCUGCAUCCAUCGGGAGAUUCUGAAAGUCAUCGGUAACCAGACAGCCACGGGAUAAAGCCGGGCGCAGUGCUGCUGCCUCUUGUGGCUUCUCCACCAUCCUCCGUCUCAAAGCCGGAUUUUGAGCUGAGGACAGGGUUGAAUCGAUUGCGUUCUCACAAACGCAAGAAAAAGAAAAACAAAAGAAGAAGAACUAUGAAAUGAUACAAAUCUAAAACACCUAAUUUAGGAAAGGUUUGACAUGUUGACAGAAUAGCUGCAGUGUUUAUAAACAUGGUUGAAACGACACACAUUUACAACAAAAUAUGUCCAGCUAUCGAGGAACUAUAAAUGUAGUCUACGUUUAUAGGUGAAAUGGAGAACCCUUUUUUUUAGGACAAUGUUACACUUCCGUUUGACUGAUGGAUGACAUCAAUUUUGUAAAGAAAAUUAUAAACGGUAAAACCGUUUUUCAGAGAAAAAAAAAAAGCCAACUUCUGCUGAUAGUUAUAAGGGCCUUUUCAGGAAACUACGAGAGACAUUCAUGUCUAGAAAAGGUACCAUCUUACCUUGUUUACUAAGAGUUGUACCUUUUUAAAGUACAAUGUACUUUCUCUAUACCGAAGGUGUUGAUAUGCACUUUAUUUUUCCUAAUGUAAUAUAUUUCUUCCGAUUGGGUCAUAAUCUAGAAAAUACCUUUUCCACUGGUCAUUUUCGAAUAUGACCAUAGAAAAAAAAAAAAAAAAAAAAGGGUUUUGAGGAUUUUCAACCGAGAUGAACGGGUGCAGAGGGAGGAUGAUGAAUGAGUGAUCAUCUACUCACAGAUCAUUUGAGAACCAGAGAGGGCAGGAAGGAGUUCUGUGCUCAUUCAGAAUAGGUAGGCAGAUAGGCCAGAACACAACACCACUUUGAGAAAAACAAUAUUGGUUGUUUCACAUUGAAGUGUAUCAACUGGUUUACAAUGGUAAAUAUUUCAGAUACAAGUCAAAACAGUUGAUUCAUUUACAAGCCUCCUAAUAAACAGUUUUGAACACCUAUCCAUAAACAAAUAUCUUGAAUUUGAAAAUCAAAAAGAAGUGUUACCAAACACCUAUAUUUCAAGAUGUAUCUUUGUACUUUGGUUUGAAUAUGUGGGUGGCACCUUAUGAUGAGCUUUUGAAAUGUUUCAUUUUGUUAGGGAUAUGGGAUUUCUAUAUAAAUUAAGCAUUGGUGUUUUCUGCUUGUUGUCUAUAUAUUGCAGUGCUAUUAUUGACCAAUCAGAGCUCUGAGUGUUGUACACAACUUGUGUUCGAUGUGAAUAUAUUUUUGGUAAGAGAUGAUGCGAGCUGAUGUUCCACCGUCUUGAACACGGUCCCGCCCGUCCCUUAACACAUCCUGUGAUAUGGGGGGGAGGGGUAACAGUACGUCGUCAAACAACAGAUCAUCUCAAAGGUUGUUUUGAAAAAGGGUCAAACACUCAACUAGAAUAAUAUUCUUUCGCAAAUCGGUAAACAUAAGAGGAAGGGUGUGCAAAUGAGUGAAAAUAAGAAUUUGAUUUGAUCCAAGUCACAGUUAAAACAAACAUGAUUUCGCAUCUGGGAAAAGUACAUGGGUAGGAUAAGUGCACUAGUGUACUAAAGUACAUGGGUAGGAUAAGUGCACUAGUGUACUAAAGUACAUGGGUAGGAUAAGUGCACUAGUGUACUAAAGUACAUGGGUAGGAUAAGUGCACUAGUGUACUAAAGUACAUGGGUAGGAUAAGUGCACUAGUGUACUAAAGUACAUGGGUAGGAUAAGUGCACUAGUGUACUAAAGUACAUGGGUAGGAUAAGUGCACUAGUGUACUAAAGUACAUGGGUAGGAUAAGUGCACUAGUGUACUAAAGUACAUGGGUAGGAUAAGUGCACUAGUGUACUAAAGUACAUGGGUAGGAUAAGUGCACUAGUGUACUAAAGUACAUGGGUAGGAUAAGUGCACUAGUGUACUAAAGUACAUGGGUAGGAUAAGUGCACUAGUGUACUAAAGUACAUGGGUAGGAUAAGUGCACUAGUGUACUAAAGUACAUGGGUAGGAUAAGUGCACUAGUGUACUAAAGUACAUGGGUAGGAUAAGUGCACUAGUGUACUAAAGUACAUGGGUAGGAUAAGUGCACUAGUGUACUAAAGUACAUGGGUAGGAUAAGUGCACUAGUGUACUAAAGUACAUGGGUAGGAUAAGUGCACUAGUGUACUAAAGUACAUGGGUAGGAUAAGUGCACUAGUGUACUAAAGUACAUGGGUAGGAUAAGUGCACUAGUGUACUAAAGUACAUGGGUAGGAUAAGUGCACUAGUGUACUAAAGUACAUGGGUAGGAUAAGUGCACUAGUGUACUAAUGAUGAGUUGUGAAGACUUGAACCAAACAGCAGUUAGAAGACACAGCAGUGCUUCAUCAACUGUUCAUGAGGUCUACACUUAAAUCAUUCACAAGCUGAAGUCAUGCCAAAUAUACUGUCAGUACAGGACUGGUUCAUUUGCUAAUGAUUCAUGAAUGAAAGCACCGUGGAAAACGAUCACAAAUUUAUGAGGAACUUAAAUGGAUGACUGCUGGAAAGCAACAUUGGGUCGGGUCUUGCGAAAGGUUUAUGAUGGUUCAGUGAUUAAAGUUCUGCACAGUAGAGCAUUCGUUUGGAGAAAGAAAUUUUAAUAAGUACUUUAUAACAAUGUUGAUGAAGUACAUUGGUUUAGAAUGUACUU